AUGGAUUCCUCUCGAAUUAUUAAUAAAAAAUUGAUGCAAAGGGUAGAUAAGCAAUCUGGGCCUUCUCUGGAUGAUUAUGUUUACAAACAUACGCUUUUUAAUGAAUCCCAUUCCCUGGUUAAAAACACCUAUAAGAAUUGUAUAUUAUACAAUCCUCCACCCAAAUUAAGUGACGGUGGACUCAAAUUUAGAACAGAGUUCAAAUUUGACAGGAGCAUUUCUUGGUUUACUUCUCAGAUGGCCAGUGGCAAGCUAAACCUGUCCAAUCGCAAGAAGGCCGUUGACUGUCUUCUGGAGGUACGCGACGCUCGAGCUCCCCUGACCUCUUCAAACUUUUCGAUUACUGAGCAGUACCCUGCUCACCUACCCAGGCUUGUUAUACUUAACAAGAGCGACUUGGCGCCCGUGGAUUCACUGAAGGUCGUUUUGUGUAGCACCUUAACUCUAAGAAAACUGUCAAACAUUAAAAAAUUUGUUGUUUCAAAUGUUAAUCCUCGGUUUCCGAAACUGGGAUUUUGGUUGAUGGUCGUUGGCCUACCUAAUGUUGGCAAAUCUUCUUUAAUAAAGUCGCUCAAGCAUCACUCCUUUGUGGAACAAUGGCACAGUAAAGUCCCCUUAAGUGAGCAGGAAACAAUGAGGAGAACUAAGCCUAAGAUCGAAAAUAAACCUGGGAGUACCAAGAUGGUGGACUUUUUCAACAUUUGCUUAAAGCCAAAAAUUUACUGCUUCGACACACCAGGCAUAAUGCUACCAAAGUAUUUAAUGCACACUAUUUUAACUUAUAGGAUGUCAAACCCCGAGAUCAAUUUAAAACUGGCAGCGCUAGGCUGCGUGGAUAACACCGUGGCUGGAGAAGAUUAUGUAGCAGAUUACAUUCUGUACAGACUGAAUAAGGCAAAUCUGUUCACGUACGUCAAAGCACUCGAGUUACCGGGGCCCUGUGACGAUAUUUCUAAAAUCGCAUUACACAUCGCAAAUUUAAUUGAGAAAAAGUGGAACUCCGUUGACCCUUGCAAUUGCUAUAAAAUUUUUACAAACCAGUUUAGAAUGGGAUUUUUUGGCAAGAUUUGCCUAGAUGAUCUCUCGGAUGUAAUAAAACUAGGGGAUUUGGAUGAUUUUACCCUCAGUGAGCCUCCUAAUCAGUUUUGUUCAUCGAUUGAAGCAAUUCAUGGACUAUAA